UGGUCACUUUUCAAGGUAGCUGUAGGAAAAAUAAUUGGUUUAAGUAUAUAGGUUAAAUAUAAAUAUUGGUUAUAGUUGGUUGGCAACAUGGUUUAAGUAUCCAUUAUCCCCAGAGAUUUUUUGCCAAAUUUCGGUGAAAUCAUUUAGUCUAACAUUUUCAAAUUCACUCAAUCGUAUCAUUGAUCGAUUUUAAUUGCAAACUUGGCAACCAAUUUGUUACUGUUGUUUGUACUUAGUGUUUCCAAAGUUAGCAUUUUUCUAGCUUUUGAUGGGAUUUUUUCUAUUUAAAAUGAACAGAUUUUUUCAGGGUUGAUCAGUUUUUCGUUGAUUAGGGUUGAAAGGGUUUGUGAUUGGUUUUUCUGCUCUAAUAUCUUCCUCUUUAAUAGUGUCUGAAAGGUGUUUGGUGCAUCCGUGAAAAACUUAUAAACUAAUAUUAACUAUUAUUAUUCUAGUUGGGAAUACAGUACUUUUUUGGAAAACCUCUAGAGGAAAAUAUAUGGAUGAUCUCAGUGAAGACCAAAUUGCCAUGUUGAAAAGAGCAUUCGACACUUUUGACCAGGAAGGAAAAGGCUGUAUUAGCACGACAAUGGUCAGCACUAUUCUAGAAAUGCUUGACUGCAAAGAGUCUCCUUCUAUGUUGGAAAGAAUUAUUCAAGAAGUUGAUGAUGGAUCCGGUAAACUGGGAUUCGAAGAUUUUUGUGAACUGGCUGCCAGGUUUAUAGUGAUUGAAGAAGAUGUGGACGACGAUGCUAUACAAGAGGAGUUGAGGGAAGCAUUCCGGUUAUAUGAUAAAGAAGGAAACGGAUACAUCACUACUGACGUUCUAAGAGAAAUUCUGGUGGAAUUAGAACCUAACAUAUCUCCCGCUGAUUUGGAUGCCAUGAGAGAAAUCGACUCUGAUGGUUCAGGAACGGUCGAUUUUGAAGAAUUCAUGGAGGUGAUGACUGGAGAAUAAGUAAAUAUAAAAUGAGCUCUCUUUCACUGCAAAUCAUUCUUCAAACAUGGUUAAAUUAUAAAUUGAUUUGAAGCAGUUUUGGACGAUUGCCAGUAGUAUCCAACCAUAUUGUAUUGUCUAUAUUGAAUAAAUAUAUAAAUUUAUACAGGAUAUAAUUAUAAAAAUGUAAUCAAAGCAUUAAAAUUGUUGCGAAUAAAUUUAUAUUGUAUUGAAUUGAAUAAAUAUAAGAAUGUC